CGGGAAGCGGCAUCCAUGUACUUCUCGCUGCUUGCCGUCUUCCUGGUCCUCCUGGUGGUGGCCCUUCAAGGCACAGAGCCAAGAGAGAACUUCCCAUUCAAGAUACCCCUGGACCCUCAGGGCCUCCUGGAGCUCUCCUGGAACAUCAGCUACCACCUGGAAGAGGUGCAUUUCCAGAUCAUGGCCAAGGAGGUGAAAUAUGGCUUUCUCUUUGGCAUGUCAGACCGAGGAGGCUUUCAGGAGGCAGAUCUGGCUGUCCUGUGGAGCGAUGGGCUCCAGUUCUAUUUUGCGGACACCUGGAGCGACCAAGACACACAGCUGCACAUGGACGCCCAGCAGAACUACCAGCUUCUGGGCGCACGGAGAAUUGGUGGGGGGCUGUCCCUCCUCUUCAAGAGGCCCUUUGUCACCUGUGAUCCAAAGGAUUAUCUGAUUGAGGACGGAACUGUGCAUCUCAUUUACGGCAUUUUGGAGAAACCAUCUCCGUCUCUCCAAGCCAUCAAUGUUUCUGCUCUGCUCCGGAAGGGAGUGCAGCGGGUGCAACUUCUGAAGCCCAAAAUCAAAGUCCCCCCACUGCCUGGGGACCUAAAGACCAUGGAGAUCCGAGUCCCAGAUGUGACCAUUCCCCACCAGGAGACCACGUACUGGUGUUUCAUGACUGAACUUCCAGAUGGCUUUGAAAAGCAUCACAUUGUCAUGUAUGAACCGGUGGUCACAGGCGGGAAUGAAGCCCUGGUCCACCACAUGGAGGUCUUCCAGUGCAGCCCCCGCUUCCCGACCUUCCCACACUACAGCGGCCCUUGCCAUUCCAAGAUGAAGCCGCGGCACCUGGAUUUCUGUCGACAUGUCUUGGCUGCCUGGGCGAUGGGUGCACAGGCCUUUUACUAUCCUGAAGAUGCAGGUCUAGCCUUUGGGGGUCCCAGCUUCUCCAAAUAUUUGCGCCUGGAAGUCCACUACCAUAAUCCCCUGCAGUUUGAAGGCCGCCAUGACUCGUCCGGGAUUCGACUCCAUUACACUGCCUCCCUCCGACAGUAUGACGCAGGAAUCAUGGAGCUGGGCCUGGUCUACACACCGGUGAUGGCGAUUCCCCCUGGCGAAAGCCAUUUCUCCCUCACCGGCUACUGCUCGGACAAGUGCACCCAGCUGGCUUUGCCACCUGCUGGGAUUCACAUCUUUGCUUCUCAGCUCCACACCCACCUGGCCGGGAGGAGCGUGGUGACCGUGCUGUCCCGCGAAGGGAGAGACUGGGAAAUUGUCAGCAGGGACAGGCACUACAGUCCCCACUUCCAGGAGAUCCGCAUGCUGAAGAAGGUGGUCUCUGUCUACCCGGGCGAUGUGCUGAGGACCACCUGCAUGUACAACACUGAAGACAGGAAUGAGACAACAGUGGGAGGAUUUGGAAUCAUGGAAGAGAUGUGUGUGAACUACGUCCAUUACUACCCCCAGACACAGCUGGAGCUGUGCAAAAGUGCUAUUGACCCGGGAUACCUGCACCGCUAUUUUCAGCUUCUGGACAGAUUCAAUGAUGAAGACAUCUGCACGUGCCCAGAGGCCUCAGUCACAAGGCAGUUUUCUUCAGUCUCUUGGAACUCAUUCAGCAGACAGGUCCUGAGAGCCCUUUACGACUCUGCUCCAAUUUCCAUGCACUGCAAUAAAUCCUCGGCUAUCCGGUUUCCGGGUGAAUGGGAAAAGCAGCCUUUACCAAAAAUCACCCAAGAAUUGCCCAUGGCAGCUCCUGCUCACUGUGAAGACCAUCGCCCCCUGGCCCCCAUCCAUGUCAAGUUAGCAAAGGCUCAGUGA